CUCGUGUUCCCUCUAUCAGAGACUCCUCUCAGCUCAUCCACUCUUUCUCUGGACUCUAGAAGACACAGUGACCAUCGGCCAGCUGCCAUGAAGACUCCUCUGGCCCUGCUGCUUCUCGUCUCUUUGGCAUGCCACAGUGCUCUCUCCUGUUCUGUCUGCAAAGGCCAUGCCCUCAAAUGUCACACAUGUGUGGCGUCCAAUGAGGACGCCUGCAACCGUCAAGGCUCCACCUCUUGCCCUCAGUAUGCUGACGCCUGCUCUACCAUCACAGGAACAAACACCGUGAUGAAGUCGUGCACCUACAAGGCUUUCUGCGACAAGGCCCAUGGCGUCGGCUCCGGAGCCAAGAUGGAAUGCUGUUUUGGCGACGACUGUAACGGGCCCCACCGGAGCCGCAGCCACGGGGAUCACCACGGCAACGGCGCAGGGGCUCUGGCCUCCACCCCCGUCCUGCUCAUCACGGCCCUGCUGCUGCGUGUGGCCGCCAGUCAGCUGUGAUUCAUCCGUCAUUCCUUCAUCAGUCAUUUGCGAGGUUGUUCAUCCAUCCACCUUCUCCUCUUUGUCACUGUGCCCCUCAGAGAUUUCCAAUGCAAGUUUAAUCCAACAGAUUUGAGUGGCAGAGAGUUUCACAUGGUUUUAGACAAAGAAAGGUGUGUGCUGGGGUGCCUCAGUGGGUAACUAGUGUGCAGCUGGCUUGACGCCAUUGAACCACAUUAAUCACCUGUGUCGUUGCCAUGGGAACCAGAAAGGAAAGUAUUUUAAUAAUCUUUAGAAUUUUGUAGCACUUGAAUUUAUUUUGCAAGCUUGUUUGAAUAAAGAUACAAUCACACCCUUACUGUGGUGCGUGUUCAGUGUGUGUAUAUGAACGUGGUUAACAAAAUUUGUGUUUAUGUGUUCCUGAUGUAAAAGCAUAUGUAUGGUAGGGAUAAAAUAGUCUGUGAACACAUCAGGACUUCCUUCUUCAACUGUGUAACUUGAAUCCUGUGCAGUUGCCACAGGAUAUGAAGUCAGUGAGGUAGGUCUCCCUCAGGCAGGUCAUACA